CAUGCUUCUAUCUUCUAUAAAUUUUAUCUCCCUCUCCUUCUUUCUUAUAGGGCCAUUGUCUUCGAUGGACGAACUAUAGGAAGGGCUCACGUAGCCAGCAUGUGCCAGCCAUAUUGGUCUGUAGGAAUUGUUCAGGAUCAUAGCUCAAACGUUUUUAUGGUUGCAGUUACAAUGGCCCAUGAAAUGGGUCAUAAUCUGGGCAUGGAACAUGAUGAAGACAAAAAUGGAAAGAAGUGUAAUUGUAACACAUGCAUUAUGUUUCACAUGCUAAGGAAAAAUCAAUCCAACCUGUUCAGCGAUUGUAGUAAGGAUUAUUACCAGACGUUUCUUACUAAUUAUAACCCACAAUGCAUUCUCAAUGCACCCCCGAAGAGAGAUAUUGUUUCACCUCCAGUUUGUGGAAAUGAACUUUUGGAGGCGGGAGAAGAAUGUGACUGUGGCUCUCCUGAAACUUGUCGAUAUCCGUGCUGUGAUGCUGCAACGUGUAAACUACACUCAUGGGUAAAGUGUGAAUCUGGAGAGUGUUGCGACCAGUGCAGAUUUAGGACAGCAGGAACAGAAUGCCGGGCAGCAGAGAGUGAAUGUGACAUUCCUGAAAGCUGCACUGGCCAAUCUGCUGACUGUCCCACAGAUCGCUUCCAUAAGAAUGGACUACCAUGCCUAUACAACUACGGUUACUGCUACAAUGGGAAGUGCCCCGUCAUGUUUUACCAAUGUUAUUUUCUCUUUGGUUCAAAUGCAACUGAGGCUCAUGAUGGUUGUUUUGAUGUUAAUGAAAUAGGAAAUGAAUCUUACCACUGCAGAAAGGAAAAUGAGAAAUACAUUGCAUGUGCACGAAAGGAUGUAAAGUGUGGCAGGUUAUUUUGUAGUUAUAUUUAUGAUAGGUAUCUCUGCCGUCACAGUGAUAAAGAUAAUGGAAUGGUUGAUCAUGGAACAAAAUGUGAAGAUGGAAAGGUCUGCAGCAACAGGCAGUGUGUUGAUGUGAAUGAAGCCUACAAAUCAACCACUGGCUUCUCUCAGAUUUGAUUUUGGAGAUUCUUCUUUCAGAAGGUUUCACUUCCCUCUAGUCCAAAGAGACCCAUCUGCCUGCAUCCUACUAGUAAAUCACUCUUAGCUUCCAAAUUCUGCAAUAUUUCUUCUCCAUAUUUAAUGUGAUUAUAUUUUGCUGUAAUCAAACCUUUUUCCCGCCACAAAGCUCCAUGGGCAUGUACAACACCAAAGGCUUAUUUGCUGUCAAGGAAAAAAAAUGGCCAUUUUACCAUUUGCCAGUUACAAAGCACAUUUAAUACAACAAGUUCUGCCUUUUGAGUUGGUGUAUUCAAAGUCAAUGCUUCCUCUCCAAAAGUUUCAUGCUGGCUUUCCAAGAUGUAGCUGCUUCCAUCAAUAAACUUACUAUUCUCAUUCUG